CGAGUCGGUUCAAAGUAUCGGCACAAAGAGUCGGCACAAAGAAUCGACUCGUUCUCGGCCCAGUAGAAGAAGAACAAUCGGCUCUAACCGGAAGUGGUGUCUGAGUGGAAGUCGAGCACGUUGACUUUCUGCGAAUAAGACGACCUGUGUUGAUCAUGGCUGAAGAUGAGGGAUUUGUGGUGAGAGUCAGGGGUCUGCCGUGGUCCUGCUCCGUGGAUGAAGUGGCCAGAUUCUUCUCUGAUUGCAAAGUCGCUAAUAAUGGAACGAGCAUCCACUUCACCUACACGCGAGAAGGCAGACCGAGUGGAGAGGCGUUUGUGGAGCUGGAGUCAGAGGAUGACCUGAAGAUUGCUCUUAAAAAAGACAGAGAGACCAUGGGACACAGAUAUGUGGAAGUAUUUAAAUCCAAUAACGUGGAGAUGGACUGGGUUCUUAAGCACACCGGUCCAAACGGCCCCGAGACAGAAGGAGACGGACUGGUGCGACUGCGUGGCCUGCCUUUCGGCUGUAGCAAGGAGGAGAUCGUACAGUUCUUCUCAGGGUUGGAAAUCGUGCCAAAUGGGAUAACAUUGCCGGUGGACUACAUGUGGAGGAGUACGGGGGAGGCCUUCGUGCAGUUUGCUUCACAGGAAAUAGCUGAAAAGGCUCUAAAGAAACACAAGGAAAGAAUAGGGCACAGGUACAUUGAGAUCUUCAAGAGCAGCCGUGCUGAAGUGCGCACUCAUUACGAGCCUCCUCGUAAAGGCAUGAGCAUGCAGAGACCUGGCCCGUACGACAGGCCCAGCGGGGGUGGCCGUGGCUAUAACAGCAUGAGCAGAGGAGGUUCCUUCGACAGGACACGACGCGGAGGAUACGGAGGAGGAAUGUCAGACGGACACUACCGAGAUGGCGGUUCCAACUUUUCAAGCACAACAGGCCACUGCGUUCACAUGAGAGGGCUGCCAUACCGUGCCACAGAAAACGACAUCUACUCUUUCUUCUCUCCUCUGAACCCCGUGCGAGUACACAUCGAGGUGGGUCCAGACGGGCGCGUGACUGGAGAAGCCGAUGUGGAGUUCGCCACACACGAGGACGCUGUGGCUGCCAUGUCCAAGGACAAGGCUAAUAUGCAGCAUCGUUAUGUCGAGCUUUUCUUAAACUCAACAGAACGGGGAAGUAAUGGAGGAUAUGGAGGCCACAUGGGAAGCAUGGGUAAUCAGUCGUCCUACGGCCAUGGAAGUCAGAAUAUGGGCGGAGGCUAUGGUGGAGGCUAUAAUAAUCAGUCCAGUAUGGGAGGAUACAAUGACUAUGGUAACCAGAACAGCAGUUAUUACGGUGGCAGUCGUGGCUCCAUGGGCAUGAACGGUGGUAUGAGCAUGGGCGGAGGCUGGGGCAUGUAAAGGGUUUCACAACACAGCUGCCCAGGCCCAAAAAAAAGACAUUUUUGGAAAAGAGUGCCUGAAUGGCUACAGAUUUUGUUCUUUGUGAGGAGCAAGGAAAGGCUCAGACUCUGUCCUGUCCUUAUGUUUUUGAGUGUUCGCACUACAGUCAGUGUUCUCCGUCCUUGUAUUGUGAAUCUACCAAAACAGUAGGCUACAGUUGGAUUCAUGCCUCGAUGCUGACUGUGCUCUAGACCUUGAGCCAAGUUUAUGCUUGUAAAUAUUCUCAUUAAUGUCUAGUACAGAGAGGGUAUAGAAUGCCUUCAACAUAUCUGCUUUUGACUAUGGGUUUUUAUAAUGUGAAGAUUGUGAAUUAAACAGAAAAAAAAACUGGAAUUAUCUUUUUUGGCCAAAUUUGAUAUGAACAUAGAUCUUUUAAUCUUUACGUUGUUGUAGGCAUGUCUUCCUUUUCCAUAGUCUGUCACUGAUUUCUCAAAUAAACUUCUUUGUGGUUAUAA